UGGCUCCGCCCACAGUUAAGCUCGCGCCGUCUGUCCUCUCUUACGUCCGCAGAUAAGAUGUAAAUACUGCCGGUCCACGGCAGUCAAACCAUUCGUUUCUAACGACAACUAGCGUAAAAUGAGUGGUCGCGGGAAAGGAGGAAAAGGACUCGGUAAAGGAGGCGCUAAGCGUCACCGUAAAGUUCUCCGUGAUAACAUCCAGGGCAUUACUAAACCCGCCAUCCGCCGUCUGGCUCGCCGCGGCGGAGUGAAGCGUAUCUCCGGUCUGAUCUACGAGGAGACCCGCGGUGUGCUGAAGGUGUUCCUGGAGAACGUGAUCCGUGAUGCCAUCACCUACACCGAGCACGCCAAGAGGAAGACGGUGACCGCCAUGGAUGUGGUGUACGCUCUGAAGAGACAGACCCUGUACGGCUUCGGAGGCUAA